AUGGCAUUACGGUUUGAAGCCUCGUGUCCUGACGGCGUGUGUCCAGGAUGGAGCGUCAUCCUAAAGGGAGAGUCUUGGCCAGGUGCCAAUAAGUUUGAGAUCAAUUUCCUCUGUGAUCAGGACGACAGAAUAGCGUUUCAUUUCAACCCGCGCUUUAUUGAAUCAGACAUCGUCUGUAACUCCUUUCUCAAAAACCACUGGGGGCAGGAGGAGCGAUGUUCCCACUUCCCGUUUAUCAGCGAUGAGUCGUUUCAGAUCGAAAUUGACUCAGACGACGACAACUUCCACGUUUAUGUUGAUAACACAAAGGUCCUGCAGUACAAGCAUCGCGUCAAGGAUCUGAAAACCAUCACUAAAGUCCAAGUGGUGAAUGACAUCAACAUCUCCUCAGUGGAGAUCACCAAGAAACAUUUCUACUAA